UAAAUUGUCCUCUUUUUGGAGGGAGAAGACAGAGUCCAAACUCCAAAGUCUCUGCACUUCCAUGGCCGGCACGUGACCCAUUCCUUCUCUCUCAAACUCUUACUCUUUCUACCGCCUUCUCCUACCUCUCUUUCCCCGUCAAUGUCUUCUUCCUCCGGCUACGUCCGCUCCUCCCAACGAGCCUCCAUCUCGCCGCUCCGCUCGCGGAAAUCGCCGGUGGGACCUGCCAAGCCCGCCGGAAGACCUACCACACCGUCCUCCUCCUCCACCUCCUCGAGGCCGUCGACCAAGGCCUCUAUAUCUUCGGUGGCUGCCGCCGCUGUGCUCGACGUGAACAAGGCGAAGGAGAAUGUCUCUGUCACAGUUCGGUUUCGACCCCUUAGUGGGAGAGAAAUUAAUAAGGGGGACGAGGUGGCGUGGUAUGCGGAUGGGGAUCAUAUAGUGAGGAAUGAGUACAAUCCUUCAAUUGCUUAUGGCUUUGAUAAGGUAUUUGGGCCUGCCACAACAACUCGGCAUGUUUAUGAUGUGGCUGCUCAUCAUGUUGUCAGUGGUGCAAUGGAAGGGAUUAACGGUACUGUUUUUGCAUAUGGUGUUACUAGUAGUGGAAAGACUCAUACCAUGCACGGGGAGCAAAAGUCACCUGGAAUUAUCCCACUUGCAGUGAAGGAUGUCUUCAGUAUAAUACAAGAGACUCCUGGUCGGGAAUUCUUAUUACGUGUCUCAUAUCUUGAGAUUUACAAUGAGGUCAUUAAUGACUUGCUGGAUCCAAUUGGGCAGAAUCUAAGAAUUCGAGAGGAUGCUCAGGGUACUUAUGUUGAAGGAAUCAAAGAGGAAGUUGUGCUAUCUCCUGCUCAUGCCCUUUCUUUGAUUGCUACUGGAGAAGAGCAUAGACACGUGGGUUCAAAUAAUUUCAAUCUUGUUAGCAGUCGAAGCCACACUAUUUUCACCUUGACUAUUGAAAGCAGUUCGCGAGGGGAAAAUACAAGGGAAGAGGAUGUGACAUUGUCCCACCUGCACUUAAUUGACCUUGCAGGUUCAGAAAGUUCUAAAGCUGAAACAACUGGUCUGCGGAGAAAAGAAGGUUCUUAUAUAAAUAAAAGCUUGCUUACUCUUGGAACGGUGAUUGCUAAACUAACAGAUGGAAAGGCAACUCAUAUUCCUUAUCGAGAUUCAAAGCUCACUCGAUUGUUACAAUCAUCCCUUAGUGGCCAUGGAAGGAUUUCUCUCAUUUGCACAGUUACUCCCGCAUCUAGCAGUAGUGAAGAGACGCAUAACACAUUAAAAUUUGCUCACAGGAGUAAGCAUGUUGAAAUCAAAGCUUCUCAAAAUAAGAUUUUGGAUGAGAAGUCUUUGAUCAAGAAAUAUCAGAGGGAAAUUUCUGAGUUAAAGCAGGAGCUGCAACAUUUAAAGCGUGGCAUGGUUGAGAAUCCCAAUAUGCCCACAUCUUCACAAGAAGAUCUGGUUAAUUUGAAGCUUCAGCUUGAAGCUGGCCAAUCCAAAUUGAAGUCGAGAUUGGAAGAGGAGGAACAAGCUAAAGCAGCAUUGAUGGGAAGAAUUCAACGUCUAACCAAAUUAAUCUUGGUUUCUACAAAGAAUGCGAUGUCAUCAAGCAUUCCAGAAAGGCCCAGCCAUAGACGGAGGCAUUCUUUUGGGGAAGAUGAGCUAGCAUAUUUACCAGAUAGAAAACGUGAGUCCUGGAUAAAUGAUGAUGCAGGGAGCCACGCUUCAGUUCCUUCACCAGAAGAAAAGGAUGAUGUUAUCAAUUUAGAUGAAUUGGGGAAGGAUUACAAAAGAAGCAAAAGGCGGGGAAUGCUUGGGUGGUUGAAGCUAAGAAAACCUGAUAAUGUUGAUGGAUUAUCACCAAAUGUUGAUAGUGAAGGGUCUGCAAAUGGAUCACCUGCAUCUGGCUCAAAAUUAACUCCAACUAGAGUUAUGCUUUAUGACAUGAAAGAUUCACGCAGGAAUUCAGUCAGCAGAAAGCAUAAUGCCCCAGCCAUUAAUUCUUUUCCAGGAAGAACUCAAGCAGGUGAUUUAUUCAGUUUAACUGUUGGAGGCCGUGAGCUUCCUCAGACUGGAACUACUGUUACAGAUCAAAUGGAUCUACUGCGGGAACAAGUGAAAAUGUUGGCUGGAGAGGUGGCCUUCUGCAUUAGUUCUCUGAGAAGACUGUCAGAGCAAGCUGCUAACAAGCCUGAAGAUAUCCAAUUACAAGAGGACAUGCAUAAGUUGAAGGGUGAAAUUAGCCAAAAGAAGAAUCAAAUCCGUAUCCUUGAACAACGGAUGAUUGGAUCCUUAGGACAUGCACCAAGUAAUACCGAAAUGUCACAGGCUCUAUCCAAGCUUACCACUGAGCUCAAUGAAAAAAUAUUUGAACUUGAGAUCAAGUCUGCAGAUAACAGGAUACUUCAAGAGCAAUUGCAGUUGAAGAAUUCAGAGAAUGCUGAGAUGCAAGAGACAAUUAUUUCACUAAAGAAACAGAUAAAUUUCUUGGAUAAAUCAUCAACUUAUUAUCGUCAUGUUGCUGAUAAUGAGACUGACUAUUCUAUAGACGUAUUGGGAAAGUCCGAUGAAGCACAAUCAGUCAAAAACUUGAAUGUGCAGGAAGGAAGUAACGAUUCAAUUAUACAUUCCGAAGUUCUUGUGCAGGCUGCUGAAAUAGAGAAUUUAAGGCAAGAGAAUGUGCGAUUGGCAGAAGAGAAAGACGGGCUUGAAAUUCAAAGUCAGAAACUUGCCGAGGAAGCUUCAUAUGCAAAAGAGUUGGCAGCAGCCGCAGCAGUUGAACUCCGAAACCUGGCUGAAGAAGUGACCAAACUUACAUAUGAAAAUGCAGAGCUGAGUGGUGAUCUGGCAGCUGCAAAAGAGACACCUGGCAAGUCAAACUUGUCUCCAGCAUCUUAUGAAAGCAAGCAAAAUAUUAAGAAUAAUUUUCAAUUAGAUGGGAAAUCAAAAAAGCGUGGGAAUGAAUUUCUUAUUGAGGAGUUGCAGAAGGACCUUAGUGCUAGACUCCAAAGAGAAGCUGCUCUAGAAGCAGCUCUGUCUGUGAAAGUCGAAGUAGAAGCUGACCUAAGAAGGACACUUGAUGAAAUAAAACACCAAAAACAAGAUUUGGAAUAUGAGCUUUCUAGCAUGCAGAUACUGGUGUCAAAGAUGAGGAAGUCUGGCAUUAAUGUUGAGGACAAGUCAACAGUUCAUGUGCGUGAUGAUGUACAAACCAAGGUUAAAAGUGGAUAUCCAACAUCUAAUGGGUACUCUCAUAGGAAACAGUACAAAGAAGCUGAAACUUUAGGAUGCAUGGAAGAUAUGAUUGCAUUAGAAGAACUAAGGGCUAAUUAUCAAAGAGAGAGAAGAAGAUGCAAGGAACUUGAAAGUCAUAUUUCUAUACUGAAGGGUGAGGAUAUCGCUGGUCUGGAUGUUUUGGCUCUUGAAGAACUACAAAACCUUCAUAUUGAGGCAAUAACAAAGAUUUGCCAGGCAAAGUACGCCAAUCAAAACUUAUAGCAUCUUGCUGGAGUGUUACAGACAGGGUAUUCGAAAUACAUUAUACUUCAUAAGUUACCAAAAUACUGACAA